GGCCGUUCCCGGACUACAACUCCCAUCUUCCUCGGCCGGCUGGGGUUAAUGGGAGUAGUAUUUCGGGAGGGGAAAGAUGCGGGCGGGGGGCGGUUAUUAAAUUAGCGCCCGCGAGAGAGGCUGUUUUCAUCCGCUGCCGCCUCGCAGGCCCGGCUUGCGGCCUGCUGCGGUUUCCAUAGCAACGGAUCCUUCCCUCGAUUCGCGGGCCGCCCGGAGAGGCCCAGGCCGGCCGCCGACGCCGACGCCAUGCUUGUGCCGGUCUUCAGCCUGAAGCUCAACCACAAAAUCCUGCCCCGCGGCGUGGCGCUGGGCAGGUACGACGGGACCCACCCGUGCCUGACGGCGGCCACGCAGGCCGGCAAGGUUUUUAUUCACAAUCCUCAUGGACGUGGCCAGCACAUGAAUGCAAACCGCUUGGCACUAAGUACCCAUGAUGCUGAUAUUUCUUUGCUGAACAUCAAUGAAGCCGUCAGUUGUUUGACUGCAGGGUUGUUGAACCCUGAUCUUGGCUGUGAUUCCCUCCUAGUUGGCACACGGACCAGUUUGUUGGCAUAUGAUGUACACAACAAUGCUGAUUUGUUUUAUGCUGGGGUUCCCGAUGGAGCAAACUCUAUAGUGAUAGGAACACUGGGAGACAUUCCCUCCCCCUUAGCAGUUAUUGGCGGAAACUGUGCCUUGCAAGGUUUUAAUUAUGAAGGGAAAGACCUGUUCUGGACGGUGACUGGUGACAAUGUUCGCACUCUAGCCUUCUGCGACUUCGACGGUGAUGGGAAAAAAGAGCUUCUCGUUGGAUCUGAGGAUUUUGAUAUUAGGGUUUUUAAAGAAGACGAGAUUGUGGCGGAAAUGUCUGAGACUGAGAUCAUCACUGCCCUAACGUCGAUGAGCCCCACUCGCUUCGGCUAUGCCCUUGCUAAUGGCACGGUGGGCAUUUAUAACCAGACAGCACGCUACUGGAGAAUUAAAUCUAAAAAUCAGGCGAUGUGCAUUGAUGCUUUUGAUAUUAAUUCCGACGGCGUCUGUGAAUUGAUAACUGGCUGGUCCAAUGGGAAGAUUGACGUGCGCAAUGAUCGAACUGGAGAAGUCAUUUUCAAGGACAACUUUGCUUCUUCCAUCGCGGGAAUUGUGCAGGGAGACUACAGGAUGGAUGGAAGUACACAAUUAAUCUGCUGCUCGGUUGAAGGUGAAGUGCGAGGGUACCUGCCAGGGACUCAAGAGAUGAAAGGAAGGCUGAUGGACACAAGUGUGGAGCAAGAUCUGAUUCGAGGGCUUAGUCAGAAGAAGCAGAACUUGCUCCUUGAGUUACGAAACUAUGAAGAAAAUUCAAAGCAGGUGGAACUGAACACUCAGGUAAAUGAGAUGGAUGGGCAAAGGGGUGUGAUCCCGGCAAACACACAGCUCCAGACUGCGUUGUCCGUCAAUCUGGGAUCGGAAACCGAAUCUGCUCAUGUAGAACUCUGCAUAUCCACAUCCAAUGAAACGAUUAUCCGAGCGGUGCUGAUUUUCGCCGAAGGCAUCUUUGAAAACGAGAGCCACGUGAUCCACCCCACUCCUCAGAACCUCUCGAGCAACAUAAAAAUCCCUCUCUGCCCCCCGAAAGACAUCCCGGUGGAGCUGAACAUCAAAGCCCUUGUUGGAUGCAAGAAGAGCACACAGUUCCAUGUUUUCGAGCUAUCCCGGCAGCUCCCUCACUUCUCGAUGUAUUCGUUCUGCAGCCCGGACUCUGCAAACAGGCCUCUGAGUUUUGUAAAAUUCACUCUGGGUGAGAAGGUGCAGAUGGGUGUCGUGUGGAUAAAACAAAAUUUCCUGCUACCUGAGGAUGUGGAGAUGCAGAACGAGUCGCUGGAGGUCUGCUUCACCUCCCUGCGUGACACGGGACAGCUGGGCAUCCGAAUGAGUUCCAGUGGAGAGAUCACCAUUAACACGGAUAACAUUGAUCUGGCUGGUGACAUCAUCCAAUCAAUGGCCUCCUUUUGGGCCAUUGAGGACUUACAGGUUGAAGCAGACUUCCCUGUGUAUUUUGAUGAGGUGCACAAAGCUUUUGUUGGGGUAGACAGUUCUCAUACAGUUUGUCAGAAGCUCACAGCCAACAUGGCUGACAGGUCCAACUCCAUCCGCAGCAUGCUGGUUCGAGCAGAAGAUUCCCGCCUGAUGGGAGACUGGAAAAACAUGAAGAAACGGUAUAAUGAACUGUAUGACCUCAACAAGGAUUUAUUGUCUCAGUACAAGAUUCGCUGCACCAAUCACUCAGAGUUUCUAAAUAAUCUCAAAGCCAUAAAUCAGGCCAUCCAACGAGCAGGAAAUCUCCGAGUUGGCAAACACAAAAUGCAAGUGAUUGCCGCCUGCCGGGAGGCUAUUAAGAACAACAGCGUUAAUAUGCUCAUCAAAAUCAUGCGCCUGGGGACAUCGUGCUCUUGAUCCAGGUUGAAGACUGGAGGUCAAAACUAGCCAAGGGAGAUGAGCCGAAAGAUCUGGCGGCAGAUAGACGGUAGAUGAUGCUGUCAGAUUAGUGCCCAGUGAAAGUGCAGGAUGAAUACUUUCCUAGGCCUGAAGGUCCGGCUGUCUGCGCUGGGAGAAGAGGAGGCCAGGAAUGUUGGUGCUUUAUAAACAUCAUGCUAGCGGAGACAUGGCCAAGCUUUUUGUGGAUGUUACAGACCAAACCAGAGAAUUUCAGAAGCCAAAAAAAAACCCCAAACCCACCCCAAAUGCCCUGGAGGCCGUUGAUUAAAAUAGCAAUGUUUGAUUCUUCAAUAAAAUUGACAGACCUCAGUC